AUGACGAUCACUCAGUCUGUUAUUGUCCCCGCUUACAAGGAGAAGUUGAACAUCAAGCCGCUGACGCAGCGGUUGUUCGCCGCUUUGGGCAACGACGCGUCCAAUUGCACUGAACUCGUCUUCGUCGACGACAACUCGCAGGAUGGAUCCGUUGAGGAAGUUGAGGCUCUGCAGAGACAGGGAUAUAACGUCAAGAUCACCGUGCGUACCACGGAACGUGGUCUUUCCUCUGCGGUGCUUCGCGGGUUCCACGACGCACAGGGCCAGUACGUCAUCUGCAUGGACGCAGACUUGCAACACCCACCUGAGUCCGUGCCCAUGCUAUUCGAUGCUCUUAAGAAACACGCGUUCGUCGUGGGCACGCGGUACGCCCCAGGGGUCGGUAUCGACAAGGACUGGCCUUUGCACAGACGUGUCAUCUCUGCUACGGCGCGGAUGAUGGCCAGACCGCUCACCGAGUGCAGCGACCCAAUGAGCGGGUUCUUCGGGCUGCAGAAACAGUACCUAGACAAGGCAGACCCUGCGGUCAUCAACUCCGAGGGGUUCAAGAUCGCUCUCGAAUUGCUCGCCAAACUCGCCCCUCCCAGAGGACCCUGCGAAGAGAUUGGGCGAGGUGCCCUUCUCCUUCGGUGUCAGAACUGA